AUGAUUGGCGACCACAGUACUAAAGCUUCCCAACAUGUAGUAUCAGAUGGUCGUUGCGUUCGCGCAGGCUCGAAAUCUCUCCACAUCAAACUUCUGAUUAUCCUCUUGUCUGUUAACUUCCUAGUGGCCCAAAGAGUGGGAGCAGUGGCUGAGUCCAGAGUUGCAGCCUCGGGUUCAGUCAAGAGCCCUGGAUUGAUUUUUGCCAUUGAGGAGUAUCAACAAAUGUACAACAAAAGUAUAGACUGGAACCAGAACCAAAGCUUUAAUCCACAGCAAACAUCCAAUGUUGAUCAGAUUGUUGAUCAAAAUACAUUUGGUGGCCGAAGCCCUGAUGCCAGCUAUCCGAUCCAUGAUAGCGAUGGUUGUAGUAGUUCAGGCUGCUCUUCUGGCAAGACUCAGGAGGGGAAAGACUCAUUGAGGCCCACAACAGAAGUUGACCCUGAUAUUCGUGAGCUAGUUGAGAGUAUGUCUCUCAAAGAACUAGCAGGCCAGAUGACUCAGAUUCAGAUUGGGAUGCUGCUCGAUAGUAAAGGAGAGCUGGACGUGGCCAAAGCCCAGUACUGGAUUGGGGAGUGGGGAGUUGGAAGUUUCCUUGAUACACCUACAAACCAUGGCGGAAAGUACAUCUCCUAUUCCCCUAAGCGAUUUUCGAAGAUAGUCGAUGAUAUUCAAAAGGUUGCUUUAUCCACUGGCAAGGGUAUUCCUGUGAUUUAUGGAUUGGAUUCGGUCCAUGGCGCCAAUUAUGUGGAUGGUGCUGUUAUAUUUCCACAACAGAUCGGCCUUGCAGCUACAUUCAACACGACCCUUGCGUAUGAGGCUGGCCGGAUUACUGCAAAGGACACGCGUGCUGCUGGUAUUCCAUGGGUGUUUGCACCCAUUCUUGAUAUUGCUGUCCAUAAACUAUGGCCUCGCGUGUAUGAGACCUUUGGAGAAGAUCCUCAUGUCUCUUCAACGAUGGGUGCUGCGAUCAUCCGGGGUCUACAAGGCAAUUAUAAAAAAGAUCGCACACGCGUUGCUGGAUGCAUGAAGCAUUUUAUCGGCUACUCAGCAUCUCGCAAUGGCCAAGACAAGGCUUCUGCGUGGAUUCCAGACAAUUUGUUAAUGGACUACUUCGUACCUCCGUUCCGAGCUGCUGUCAAUGCAGGCGUUGCGACAGCAAUGGAGACCUACAUCGACGUAAAUGGGCAACCUGUAGUCGGAUCACAUUUCUAUUUGACAGAACUUCUUCGAAAUCAGUUGAAGUUUGAAGGAAUGUUGGUAACUGAUUGGCAGGAGCUCGACCGAUUAUACACUGAGCACCGUAGUGUCCCAUCUCUCAAGGAAGCAGCGCUCCAGUGCCUCAAACAAACAUCAAUGAACAUGAUCAUGGUCCCUGAAUCUAAAUCGUUUUCUGAAAAUGCAGGCUUAUUGGUUCAAGAAGGGAAACUGGGCAGAGAACGAUUAGUAAGUUCAGUAGCCAAGGUCUUGCAACUUAAGAAGGAUUUAGGACUAUUCGAUCAGCCAUUCAGCGACCCCAAGUUGUUAAGCUAUGUUGGGAGUAAGCAGGAUAUUGAUGCAGCCAAGGAUGCGGUUAGAGAAAGCAUCACAGUGCUCAGGAACAAUAAGGGUGCAUUGCCUUUACGUAAGAAUCAAACAAAAAAAAUCGCUAUAACAGGUCCUGCGGCCAACUCUCUGAGAGCUCUUUCGGGAGGCUGGUCAAUCAAGUGGCAGGGUGCAGAGACUGAUGAAUGGUUUCAAGGUCGAGGCGAGACCAUCUUGAGUGGCCUCAUUAAAGAAUUUGGUGAAGGUCAUGUCGCUUAUGCAGAAAGCAUUGACUUUGAUGGCAAUAGUAUCAGUAACAGUACCGCCAGUGCUCCACUGGAUGACGCUAUCCAGGGCGCUGAUAGCGUGAUCCUUUGCCUUGGCGAAGGACCAUACGCUGAGAUUGUCGGUAACAUCAAUGAUUUGGACCUGCCUAAUGGACAGUUGGAUUUGGUACGGAAAGUUAGUGAACGGAUCAAGGGUACAAGCACUAAACUUAUAUUGAUUCUUGUGGAGGGCCGUCCACGAGGGCUGCAGGAUGUGGUGGAGAAGGUCGAUGCGAUUGUCUUGGCAUACCUACCUGGUCCUUGGGGUGGACACCCAAUUGCCGAGAUCCUGAGUGGUGCUGUGAACCCAUCUGGGAGGAUACCCAUGACCUAUCCUAAUGGAUCUAGCGAUAUGACUACCAACUACUAUCGUAUGGGAGUAGAUCCUUACAAGCCUUUAUUCCCAUUUAGUGCUGGUAUAUCCUACUCCUUAGUCGAGUACAGCGAUCUGAUUCUAACGUCUAAUGUGAUGUACCUGAACGCAUCCAGCCAUAAUUCAACAGCAACCCAAAAAAGCUCUCUAGAAAAUGGCUUUAAAACGAGCACGAUAGUGAAUAGUAAUGAUAUUAAUGAUCCAUAUCAUCAAAACAACUACCCAUCCAAUAGACACCAUGAGACCAACAGGACAUCGAAUAUGGGCAAGUCAACUUCUCCUUUCAUUUUUGCAAAGAUCAAUAUCCAUAAUAAGAGUAGCUACCCCGUCAAGGAGACCAUCUUUUGGUAUGUCACUCAAGACUACCGUAGUGACAUCAUGCCUGAGGCAUUCCUUUUAAAGUAUUUUCAAAAGGUUAUGCUCAAACCAUAUCAGAGCAUGGAAGUUCAGUUUAAGAUCACUCCGAACACUCUGACCUAUCACGGAAGGGAUUUAGAGAGGAAGGUCGAAAGAGGAUCUUUCACCCUCACCGUGAAUGCCAUGCGACCCGAAGCCAAAUCAACUAAGUUUAAUCUCGUUUAA